AUGAGCAAGAUGUCGGAGGAGGAGGAGUUUUUUCUGUUCAAGAACAUCUUGGUGGGGCCGUGGGAUGGGCCUCAGUACCGCCUCGCCCCUGUCUGGGCCUUCCACCUCCAGGCAGCCUUCACGGGCUUUGUCUUCGUUGUAGGGACGCCACUCGAUGCCACAGUGCUGGUGGCCACACUGCGCUACAGAAAGUUGCGGCAGCCACUCAACUACAUUCUGGUCAAUGUAUCCCUGGGGGGCUUCAUCUACUGCAUCUUCUCUGUCUUUGUCGUCUUCAUCACCAGCUGUCAUGGAUACUUUGUCUUCGGCCGCCAUGUUUGUGCUCUGGGGGCCUUCCUGGGCCGUACAGCAGGUCUGGUGACAGGCUGGUCACUGGCCUUCUUGGUCUUUGAGCGCUACAUCAUCAUCUGUAAGCCCUUCGGCAACUUCCGCUUCAGCUCCAAGCACGCACUGAUGGUGGUCCUGGCCACCUGGACCAUUGGUAUUGGUGUCUCCAUCCCACCCUUCUUUGGCUGGAGCCGGUUUGUCCCCGAGGGUCUUCAGUGUUCCUGCACCGUGGGCACCAAAUAUUACAGCGAGUACUAUACCUGGUUUCUCUUCAUUUUCUGCUACACUGUGCCUUCUCUCUCCCUCAUCUGCUUCUCCUACUCUCAGCUGCUGGGGGUCUUCAGAGCUGUUGCAGCUCAGCAGCAGGAGGCAGCUACAACCCAGAAGGCUGGGCGGGAGGUGAGCCACAAGGUGGUGAUGAUGGUGGGAUCCUUCUGUCUCUGUUACACGCCCUACGCUGCCCUGGCCAUGUAUAUAGUCAACAACCAUAACCACGGGGUGGACUUACGGUUUGUCACCAUUCCUGCCUUCUUCCCCAAGAGUGCUUGCGUCUACAAUCCCAUCAUCUACUGCUUCAUGAAUAAGCAGUUCCAAGCUUGCAUCAUGGAGAUGGUGUGUGGAAGGCCCAUGACAGAUGAGUCUGACAUGUCUAGCUCCCAGAAAAUGGAAGUUUCUACCGUCUCUUCUAGCCAAGUUGGCCCCAUACUGGCCUGUUUGCAGCAACAAGGAUUUUACAUUUAA